AUUACGUGGAGGACUUUAAUUUGAACACUUUAUAAAUUCCGUGACCCGGAAGUACUUCAGUGUUGCUGACGAGGUGCUGAUGGGUCGAUGUCAACUGGAUGAAAAUACAAGAUCUAUCGCUUCAAUACACUGGUGAGUUCGGGUGAGGAUGACGAUGACUCACGUGGGGGCAGUAGUUGGUGCAGUAACUGCAGUGAUGGCCAUCCUGCUGCACUCCUCCAUUCAUAAGAUAGAGGAGGGACACCUAGCUGUGUACUACAGAGGAGGAGCUUUGCUAACCGCACCCAACGGCCCUGGAUACCACAUUAUGAUGCCCUUUCUUACCACCUACAGAUCAGUACAGACGACUCUUCAAACUGAUGAGAUAAAGAACGUGCCUUGUGGAACUAGUGGGGGAGUGAUGAUCUACUUUGACCGUAUAGAGGUGGUCAACAUGCUGGUGCCCUCAUCUGUGGUGGACACAGUGAAGAACUAUACAGCUGAUUAUGACAAAACUCUAAUUUUCAACAAGAUUCACCAUGAACUCAACCAAUUCUGCAGCGUACACACUUUACAGGAGGUCUACAUCGAGCUGUUUGACAUCAUUGAUGAGAACCUGAAAAUCGCUCUGCAGAAAGACCUAAACUCUAUGGCGCCUGGACUGACGAUACAGGCUGUCCGAGUCACCAAGCCCAAAAUCCCAGAGGCCAUCAGGAGAAACUUUGAGCUCAUGGAGGGGGAGAAGACUCGUCUGUUGGUAACAGUUCAGACUCAGAAGGUUGUGGAGAAAGAAGCUGAGACUGAGAGGAAGAAAGCUGUCAUCGAGGCUCAGAAGGUGGCUGAAGUAGCACAGAUUCAUUUCCAACAGAAGGUGAUGGAGAAAGAGACUGAGAAGAGGAUCUCUGAAAUAGAGGACACUGCGUUCUUGGCAAAAAUGAAGGCCAGGGCUGAUGCAGAGUAUUAUACAGCCGCUAAGUUUGCUGAAGCUAACAGGUUGAAGUUAACACCCGAGUACCUUGAGUUGAUGAAGUACCAGGCAAUAGCAGCCAACAGUAAGAUCUACUUCGGCCAGGACAUCCCUAACAUGUUUGUCGAGGGACACAGCCCUACCCAGGACCCUGAGCCCCCGAAAGCCUCUGAACAGGCCAGACACUAAGAUCCGAGACUAGCUGUCUGUCUGUCAGUUGAAGGGUUUGAGGGACAAAGGAAGGUGUGAGGAGUCAUUCCCCUAAUUGGGGUGCGUAAAGGCUUUAGUUUUAAUUCUAUCGGCCAGAGAGGGGGAGGGAGAAGGGGGAUUGGUAAAGAAGGAUGGGGAGAGGAAGGAGUGAGCGAGAAGCAUGGAAAGAGAAAUUCAGAAAAAAGUGAGGGGGAGGGGGGGGUCGCAGGGAGAGGGCAAGCGGGUCUGUCUACACCUGUUUUGAGCAGGCAGUCGGUGGGAAGGAUCAGUAGAGGCAUUAAUGCUGAUAUCUGGCCUGGGUUGAGUGUUAGGCAGGUGGCUCUCAGUCGCCCUGCUCUACAUGUGCAGCUUUGCAUCGGAUGCAACUCUUUGGCUUUGUUUUUUGGAAUUGUAUGAUUUUUGUUGUUGUUUGAUGCUUUAUGCAAAAUAAUGAAUUUAAAUUGAACUUGAACAUUAAGUUCAGCCUUACUGUCUAAUUUGUUUUUAGCUUAACUAGAAUGUAAAGAAGGCAACACUAAUUCUGAACUAAAGGGUUUCUGGUUCUGAUUCUAAAUGGGGUUGGGUGUAUUGGUACUCCGGUCUCUUUCUAGUCAUCCACAGUUUGUGUGUUUGCACGUGUGAGAGAGCAAGAAAGGGGUAUGUGUGUGUGAGACUGAGGGAGAGCGAAAGGAAACGAGAAAUUGUGUGUGAGCCCAUACUCCAUUCUUACCCCAGAGCAGAUCUGAGCCAGGACAAUGAGACACUACAAACCUUCAGUCUGUCUGUCGGCACACAUGGGUUGGACUUCUCGUAAGUGCAGAAACACCCGGUGGAACUCCUUAGAACUCUUCUUAGAACCUAUGUAUGGGGGACUGAGUAAAAAUAGUUGUUUUUCUGUAGUGGGCCUAAGGGCUGCAAGAGGACUGGCUUGUAUUGCCAUUCUUAGCUAAAGGGCUUCUGGGUAGUGUAGUCUUGGUGUGUAUUUUCAGUCGGGAAUCUAGUGUCAGUGGAAUAGUUGUAGUUAGAUGGGUUGAUUCUCUGUUUGAGGCUGAGGUUAAACAAAUGAUCUAGGAUCAGUUAAACUGGCUGGCAGAAGGACACUGAAGUCAGACUGGCCCUUUUAUUUUCUUUCUGUUUACUGUGUAACACCUCCA